CAUACUGUUGGUUGCUUCCGGCCGCGCGCCUUCUCAUCCUCAUGGCGACCAAGAAGGGCUGGGGCGCGAGGUCUGCCACUGUGCUGCUGCUCAGCAACGUCUUCCUGUGCGUCGAUGGCCUCAGCGUCGACUUCCUCAAGUCGGGCGCUCGCCCCCUUGCCUCGCCCGAGGCCCGGGGUCUUUUGCCGCGCAUGGUCGCGACAGUACCCACGAUGCCGGCGCAGUCGGAGGACGGCGAGGAUUGCCCGGGUCCGACCUUCGACAAGGCCAUCUCGCAGCCCGACCCGAUUCCGGAGGAGGGGCGGGCCCGCGCGAUGGAGCUGAUGGAGUCAGGCGCUCUCUUCCGCUACUCGCCAGGCUUCCUGUCGGAGACGUCCCUCGCCGAGGCGGACAUGGUGGACUACACGGGCUUCAAGUACUCGGUCGGGUUCAACUCGUGCGGCUCCGCCCUCUUCAUCGGGCUCAAGGUGGCGGGCGUGCAGCCCGGCGACAAGGCGGCCGUCUUCGACCGCGUGAAGCGGCAGACGCCCAACUAUUCGCUGCGUAUGUCCGACCUCGCCGCCGCGUGCGUGCGGCCGCAGAUCACAAACAUCGAGCAGCGCAUCGCGCGCUACAACGAGAUGUACGAGCGAAUCACGUCGCAGAUCGCCGACGUGGCCGAGUUCGACAUCCCGCCCUACGACGAGCGCGUCCGACCGGUCAAGGACUCGCUGCAGAUCAACCUGCAGAUGAGCGACGAGCAGGUUGGCGCCUUCCUCGCCGCGACCAAGCGGCGCGGCAUCCCGGCCGGCCUCUUCGGCUCGCCCGACAACGCGCGCAACUUCCGCUGCUGGGAGUACGCGCUCCCCAAGACGGACCUCCCGCGCACCGAGCGCCUCAUCAAGAUCGCCAUCGACAUCCGCCUGCCGGCAACCUUUGAGCCGGAGGACUUUGACCAGAUGGCGGCCGUCCUCCGCGCCGCGCGCGACGACGUGAUGCUUGCCUGAAGGGGCGACGAGGCUUGAAGGGGCGGCCCGGCCGCUGCCGCACCGCCGCCCUCCCUCCCUCUUGGGGGCCUCUCAUUAUGGGGCCUCUGAUGCUCGACAGCGCGAGGCCCGCUGUCCCACUCCCGGACCAAAGCCGCGGCUGAGGAUCUGCACACUCGUGUCCGGCUAUCCUCUCUCUCCCCCCUCUCCCUCUCUCCUCUGGGCCCGUCGCGGCAGUUCGCCGUCAGCGGUCUGCCCGUUCUCUCGACGCCCCACACUCUCCCGCGUCUUUCGUCUUUGUUGUUCUCUUGUGCCGCCUGUUCGGUAUUUGAGUAUUUCGUGUUUUGUCAAA